GGAUGGUGAACCACUUCUGGGAUGCUCUAGACUUGGAGAUACGUGACAGGGCAACACAAUUGCCUAACAUGACGUUUGCCCAAGUGGUUGACCAAGGGUUGAAAGGAGAGAAGCAAUGGGAAGAAAGGAAGAAGAGAGACGCCGAGGAGGCGAAAAAGAGAAAGUGGGAGAGUCAUGGCUCCCAAGGUUCCAACAAAAAGGGGAACCACGGAGGAGGAUCUUUCCGGGCACCACCGCCACCAUAUAGGGGGAACCAAGGCCCGAGUGGGCAAGGCGCGAGGUCACAAACCUCAGUGGUAGCUCGUUGCAACAAUUGCAAGAAGAACCACUCCGGUAAAUGUCGCGACCCCCCUAGAUGUUUUCAAUGCGGGGAUGCCGGGCAUUUGAAGGCACAUUGCCCACAAUUGAGUGGGGCAAGGACAUCGGGGCCGAGUAGCGGUCCGACGGGUACACGGAAUCAAACCGGAGCUUCUCAAGCGAGCCGGGGACAUGGGGGAGCGAGUACGAGCAACGCGCCAUCCGUGAAUCAAGGAAGAACUCAAGCUAGAGUUUAUGCGAUGACGGAGGCGGAUGCUCGAUCUAACCCGGACUCGGUUGCAGGUUGAGGCUAGAGCUUGCUUCCUGUGCUCGUUGAUCGAGUGAUUCCUUGGAGAGAAGACUUGGUUCGUGCUUCCUCCAUUCUGUUUUUAAAUAAUAUUAAACUUGCUCAUGGAUAUUUACUUUAGAGCCUGCGUGCUCAUGUUUGCCCUGUGUGGCCCUUUUGUUUUAAACAAUGUUUUCCGCUGCGUAUUCAAUUGUUUAUUAUGUAUGUUUAUGGAUGACUUAUGUGUGAAUGAUAUUCAUGACGCCUUGUAUAAUAUGAAUGUGUUGGACUGCGGUUGACUAUUCGUAUCGUACGGCGGGUUGUUGACGUGUCCGGGGAGGUCCGGGGCGUGACAUUAUCAGUCUGUAUGAUUAGUAUGUUAAAUGAAUGAAGUGUACUAGUCCGUUAAGCCUUGGAUCUAUGAACUGAUUUUAUUGUAUAAUUUUGUUACACUUCAUUCAUUGUUCAGUCUGUAUGAUAAGUAUGUUCAAUCA